AUGACGGAGGAAACGCAGAGGCAUUUCACGGAUGGCUGGGAUCCCCUGUUCAUCGGCUACACGGCGGCAGUCUACUUCCACAUCAGCGAGAGGAAGGUAACUGACAUGAAGCAGCACGUUCUCUUCACCAAAGAAGAUGCAAGCAGCGGAAAGUUUGCGUUCACCACUGAAGAUUACGACCGCUUCGAAGUCUGCUUCAUUUCACAGGGACCUGAAAGCGGACCCAGUAGAGAAGUUAAGUUAGUGUUGAAACAUGGAGUUGAGGCCAAAAACUACGAAGAAACAGGAAAAGUGGAAAAAUUGAAGCCCCUGGAGAUUGAACUGAGACGACUGGAAGACUUGAGCGAGUCCAUAGUCAAUGACUUUUCGUACAUGAAGGAGCGAGAGGAAUACAUGCGGGAUACAAACGAGUCGACGAACAGUCGAGUGCUGUACUUCAGUGUCUUUUCCAUGUGCUGCCUGUUUGGUCUGGCUACCUGGCAAGUGCUCUACUUGCGCAAGUAUUUCAAGUCAAAGAAGCUAAUUGACUAA